AUGGCAGAGAAGGCAGAGAAAUCUCCGAUGGGUAGCAACGCCCUUGGCUCCUCCGACGGCGUCAGCAUCGAAAAUAUAGUUGUAGACAAGGUGGCGGAACGAGGUUUUGUGAAAAAGCUUGACUUUUACUUGCUUCCAUUUUUGAGUUUGAUGUAUUUCUUUAACUCGGUUGAUAGGAGCAAUCUUGGGAAUGCGCAGACGGAUGAGCUUGGCAAUGACCUUGGCUUUGUUGGAAACCAGUACUCAUUACUUAUCCUGCUCUUUUACAUUCCGAACGGCCUCUGCGACUUGCCACUGAACAUGUUGACUAAACGCUUCUCUGGCAAAGUCAUGCUGCCGGGCUUAAUGUUUGCCUGGGGAGCCAUGGCGUUGUUCCAGAACGCCGCCAAGAACUUUGCUGGGUUGCUUGUGAUUCGCUUGUUGCUGGGUGCAUUCGAAGCUGGUUUCUUUGCGGGAACAGUAUUCUACCUUACACUGUUUUACACACGCGGUGAACUUGGCUUUCGUAUCGCGCUAUUCUUCGGGUCGGCUCUGCUGGGUAGCGCAUUUAGUGGUCUUAUCUCCUUUGGUGUUUUCCAAAUCAAGAACACUUCGCUCCACGGAUGGCAAUGGCUUUUCAUUAUCGAAGGCGCUUUAACGGUCCUCAUUGCCAUUGUUGGCUACUUCUGGUUACCCGCAUCUUCUUCCACUGCAUGGUUUCUCACCGACCACGAGCGUGAAGUGGCUCGCCUGCGGUCACUCCGCGACGCUUCUGGCAAAGUAGACAUUGAGUUCAGUAUGCGAGAAUGCUUCCAGCAGUGGAACGAUUGGAAGUUUCCGCUGUGGUGCGUGAUUGCAUUCACAUACCCGGUAGCGUUCGCCACGUGCGCCAAUUUCUUGCCGAUUGUGCUCCAGCGACUCGGGUACUCGACGGUUAUGACGAACCUGCUUACCGUGCCGCCCAACUGUUGUGGCUUCAUCGUGCUUCUCAUUGUCACAUACUGGUCCGACCGUCUUCGCGAGCGGACUUCAUAUCGUUUUCUCCCUCACUCUGUCUUUGCUUCCGGCGCCUAUAUCCCAAGCUGUCUGGUCCAGUCUUGGCAUAAUAACAACAAUCUCAAUGAGAAUUCACGCGCCGCCAAUACCGGUUUCCUGGUCGGACUGGGUAAUCUGGGAGGAAUUCUGGCGGCAGCGACGUUUCGCACCGAGUAUGCACCAAGAUACGUACCAUGUCUGAUAGCCACGGCGUGCUGCAAUGUCGUAUGUAUUGGCUUUACGUUAUGGUUGGGUCUGUGGAUGAAGCGUGAGAACAACCGGAGAGAUGCACAAGCAGGAGCCGUGUUGCUUCCAGGAGACGUAGACACCAGGGAGCUGGAGAAUGGCGAGGAUGAUGCAAAGUGGCGUUACUUUACAAAACAUAUCAUUAACGAACCUACAACACUUGUUUCCAACAUCAUGAACGACCCACGCUUCCCCGAUGACAUGAAGGAGAGUGAAGCUGUUGGCCAUCCCGCCACCAUGGCCAGAAACAGCACUGAGCGCCGAGUCUCUGAAGGAAAAGGCGGAAUACACGGCCCGUCCAUCGUGACCAUAUCUUCAGGUCACCAGGAGGUGUCCCGAGCCGCUGGUAUACCUGGCGCCGUCCCUGACCCGAAAAUGAAAGACUUGCCUCAGAGUAAGCGGGACCAAUCGAACAAUCAGCUUUCAAACCUAUCAAAGCAGUGA